AUGGAACCUCUUCGUGCUUCUUUCCAACAACGCCGCUGGAGCUCGUUCAACAAAUCGUUGAGCAACCUCUCCGUGAGCUUCUCCGUCGGGACGUUGAAGGAUCUCUUGCUCAAAGUCAUCCCCAUUUGCCAAGGCGUCGACCGUCUUUGCUGCCAGCAUGUGGUAGAGCUGAUAUGGCGACACAAUGGUGCGGAAGUCCCCAAUGACGAACUGGAAGAAACUGCUUGCUUUUUGGAAGGACUGCUUUCUCCUAGUUACGAUCAUCUGGAUAAGACACUUCUCGUGCACAUUCACUCUUGUAUCGGUAUGAUCCGAGAACAACAAGGCGUUCUGGACAGAGCCAUUCGAUCACUGCAACUGGCACUGUGGCUGCAGCAAAAGGUAACCACUGAUCAAGUGGCUCUUGCUGUUACGGAGCACCGAUUAGGCUUGGUAUAUGCCAAGAUGGGAGAUUACAAGAAGGCCACAUAUCUCAUUGAGAGAGCACUCAAGGCAUACUCAGAUGCCAAGCUAAAGACGGGGCACACCUGUAUUGUAGAAGCAGAGGAAUCCUUGUCCGGAAUUCGAAUAAAUAAGUUGAUGGAAGAUAUGGAGAUGCAACGAUCGGUAUCAGAGCAUCUUGCUGGUAUUAUGGAGGAUGAUGACCAACAGCAAGAUCAAGAGCAACGGCAAGAGCCACAGCAACCAAAACCAAAGCGUAAACCUAAAAAACACGUUCUGCGGGCAAGAUCAGCGUAA